AUGGGCGUCUUUUCGAAAUUUCGCCUCUUCAACCGCCAGCUCAGCUUGGCUUGCGCGUUGAUUGCCUUUUCAACAUGCAACUACGGUUUCGAUAACCAGGCAUUCGCCACCACCCAGGCCAUGGAUGCCUUUGAGCGUCAAUUCGGAGUUUUGAAUGAGGUGACUGGCAAAUGGGGUUUGGAGCCUUCUUGGCUGGCCCUGUUCAACAGUCUCAACUACAUCGGCUUCGCUUUUGGCGUUAUCGUCGGGAGCCACGUCUCCUCUCGGUGGGGGCGAAAGUGGUGUAUGUUCUCCAUGAGCUGCUAUGCCCUCAUCACCGCGACUAUCAGUGUCACGUCCAAAAAUCGUGACCAAAUAAUGGCUGCCCGAAUCCUAAACUACGUCUACGUCGGCAUGGAACUGGCCGUGGUUCCAACCUUUCAAUCCGAAAUCGUCCCUGCCGCGGCCCGAGGUUUCAUGGUCGGCUCCUACCAGCUCAGUCUCAUUGUCGGUGGUCUCGUUAUCAACUGCAUCUGCUUUGGCACCAGUGGCAUCCAGGAUAACAGGGCUUGGAGGAUCCCGCUAGGCCUUUUCUACGUCGUUCCUACAAUUGUCCUUGCCUUGAUUUGGUUUAUCCCAGAAUCUCCCCGAUGGCUGCUACGACAAGGCCGCAACGAAGAAGCGCUAGAGAGCCUACGCAAGUUCCGCUUGGGUCCCUAUACAGAGGAAGAAGUUCAGGCAGAGUUUGCCGAGCUCAAGACAUCACUGGAAAACGAAGUUGAGCAGGGCAAAUUCAUUGAACUAUUCCAGGGCAGCAACUUGAAGCGAACCCUCAUCGUCAUUGCCGUCAACUUCCUUAUGCAGGCCAGCGGCCAAGCGUUUGCGUCCCAGUACAGCGCUGUCUACGUGAAGACCCUUGGUACCAUCAACCCCUUCGGUUACCAGCUCAUCAACGCUGCCAUCAAUAUCAGCACCCUCACCUGCAUCUUGCUCUGGGCGGAUCUUUUGGGACGACGAACGCUGAUGAUCAUGUCCUCAAUCACCAUGGUUGCGGGCAUGAUGACUAUGGGCGCCCUUGGUCUGGAGUCACCCGUUACCACUGCCAAGAAGAAUGGGAUCGUCGCCAUGCUUUCUGUCUUCGUUUGCGGGUUCUCCAUGGGUUGGGCACCCUUGAGUUAUGUUGUCACAACCGAAGUUUCGUCCCUUCGCCUUCGUGAUUUGACUGCCCGCGUUGGUUUUACAGUCAAUGUUGUGAUUAACUUCGCCGUCAACUUCUCCAUCCCCUACCUUAUCUAUGAUAAGUACGCUGGCCUUAACAGCAAGGUCGGCUUCAUCUUCGGUUCCCUCAUGGCGGCCUCCAUCGCCUUUAUCUACUUCUGUGUUCCCGAGUGCAAAGGCAAAACCCUCGAACAAGUGGACUUCUUGUUCCAGAAUGGUGUAGCUCUGCGUGACUUUGGCAAGGCUGAUGCUACUGCGUUGAUGGAGUCGGCUAGGGCGCAUGACCCUGAGAAGGCUGCGACUGAGAAUAUCAAUUUUGAGAAGGCUGCUUCAGACGGGGCUGUAUCCGAACAUCAAUUCGUUGAGAGUGGGCGUGGUGAAAAGGGGGCUCAUCAGUAG